GCACGUGGAGGUAAUUGGUGACACUGUUAUGGAUUUCCUCACUACCAAGCCCUGAACCGGAAGAGUGAAGUGUUGAAAACCAUGACGGUUAUAAGCUGAUGAAUCGCCAUGUUUCCUGAAGAGACAAUGAGUUGGAGCUGGUGAAUGCCACAGAUUUGCUUUUGAAGACCACUGGUCAUGAUGGCAGCUGAAGAAGGUGCUGAACAAGUGAAGACUACUAAUAUUGAUUGGAGAAGAUCCUGGAUGUUCAUUGCCACAGGGGUGUUGAGUUCCUCUGCUCCCCCUGAGAUGGCUGUGUCUGACGUGACCAAGGCAGCCGCUUUGGAGAGUCCUGUGCCUCUAGGACCCGCCACUGUUCUUCCAGAGGUCGAAUCCCAACCGGUGUCAGAAAUGGCUUUAGGAGAGGCAUCUAGUGGACAACUUAAUGGUGUUGAAGCAACCAUUGUUGAAGAACGUAAAGAAACUGCUGAACAACAGGUCACCCAAGCACCAGAAGAGGUCAUCAUUCAAGAUUCAGCUGAAGUUAUAGAGGCUACCGUGGCAGCCACUGAAGAUGCAGUGGCUGCUGAACCCGUGGCAGUGGCUGAAGAGACUCCGGUCCAAGAACCAGCUCCUGCUGCUAAAGAGCCAAUCGCAGACACUAUUGAUGGGAUGGCACGUGUAACUCCAGAAGUCACCCCCGAGCCUGCAGUCAAGAUGAUCACUGAAGAGUUGGAGACUGUGAGUCUGGAUCCAGCUCUUGAUGAUGCCGUACUAUGCACUGAAGUGGCCAGCUCGGACACUGGGGCCCCAGAACCUGAACCACUGCCUGCUGAUAUGGCCAUUGACACGCUAAACGAAACUCCUGUUGAAAAAGAACCAAUUGCGGCCUUCUCUGAGGCCGUCCAGACGAAGGUGAUGUCAAAUCGUGCAGGCCCGACCGUCUCCACCUGUCUCCUGUCAGGGUCUGGCACUGAAUCGGACAGCGACGAGUCUGUACCAGAUCUGGAGGAACAGGACUCCGCACAGACACAGCAAGCACAGCUUGCAGCUGCUGCAGAAAUAGAUGAGGAACCCGUUAGCAAAGCCAAACAGAGCCGUAGUGAAAAGAAGGCACGAAAGGCAAUGUCUAAGCUGGGUCUCAGGCAGGUGACGGGGGUCACCAGGGUUACCAUUCGCAAGUCUAAGAACAUCCUAUUUGUCAUCACCAAACCAGAUGUCUACAAGAGCCCUGCAUCAGACACUUACAUUGUCUUUGGUGAGGCUAAGAUCGAGGAUCUCUCACAGCAAGCCCAGUUGGCAGCGGCAGAGAAGUUCAAGGUACAGGGAGAAGCUGUGUCGAACAUCCAGGAAAACACACAGACGCCCACCGUACAGGAGGAGAGCGAAGAGGAAGAGGUUGAUGAGACCGGGGUCGAGGUGAAGGACAUUGAACUUGUGAUGUCACAAGCCAAUGUGUCGCGAGCGAAGGCUGUACGCGCCCUGAAAAACAACAACAACGACAUUGUCAACGCAAUUAUGGAAUUGACGAUGUAGGCUGCUGGAGUCGAUGGGGUUCUGAAAGGUUGCUGAUUUUAAUCUAUCGUUGGUACAAUUUAUACCCUAGAUGGAAAUAAAGUUGUAAAUCGAUGCGG